UAAUCAUAAACCAUGAUGGAUGAAAGGGUAGGUAUAGGUGAAAUAAAGAAGAUGGCUUUUCCAGGAGCAAAUGAAUCCAUGUCAGGAGCAAGUUCACCACAGAGAAAGAUGGGAAGGGGUAAGAUUGAGAUCAAGAGGAUUGAGAACACUACAAAUCGCCAAGUAACCUUUUGCAAGCGCAGAAAUGGUCUUCUCAAGAAAGCUUAUGAGUUAUCUGUGCUUUGUGAUGCUGAGGUUGCUCUUAUAGUUUUCUCCAGCCGUGGUCGCCUUUAUGAAUAUGCUAAUAACAGUGUCAAAGCAACUAUUGAUAGGUAUAAGAAAGCAUGUUCAGAUUCAUCUGGUGCUGGAUCUGCUUCCGAGAUUAAUGCUCAGUAUUACCAGCAAGAAGCAGAAAAACUGCGUGCCCAAAUUAGUAACCUGCAGAAUAACAACAGGCAAAUUCUAGGUGAAUCAUUAAGCAGUAUGAAUGUGAGGGAUCUCAAAAACCUGGAGGGUAAAUUAGAGAAAGGAAUCAGCAAGAUUCGUUCCAAAAAGAACGAGCUGCUGUUUGCUGAAAUUGAAUACAUGCAAAAGAGGGAGAUAGAUUUGCACAACAACAACCAGCUUCUUCGAGCUAAGAUAGCAGAAAGUGAGAGGAACAACAUGAGUGUGUUGCCAACUACUGGACCCACAAACUAUGAUUCAAUGCAUCAAUCUCAUGAACAACAUCAGCAUCAGCAUCAGCAUCAGCAGCAGCAAUUUGAUUCUCGUGGCUACUUUCAAGUCACUGGCUUACAACCCAAUAGUCAGUAUGCACGCCAAGACCAAAUGUCACUUCAAUUAGUCUAAGAUUGAUGUCAUUGUGAUUGUGAUUGUCACCCUAGCUACCUAAUUAUUACCAACUUGCUAGUACGUAAUAUAAGCAGCAAAAUAUAUGAGGAUGCAUUGCAUGGGAUUUAACCAUUAAUUAAUAUAUGUGUAGUUGCAAUCUUAGGCUUUCAUCACUCAUAAGACUACCCUGUAUCUAUAUAUUCUCAACUGCUCCAUCUCUAUUAUGUUUAUAUUAAUUAGUAUGUGUACUAAGAUUAUCAACAAGACACUACUUUAAUUUCUUGACAUAUAUAUGCAUAUUUAUUUGCCAAAUAAA